CACUAAUGACUCCGUCACCCUGAACAAACAUCCCAUGCAGCUUCUUUUGCCAGUAGCAAAUAACGGACAACUAAACAAUCAGAUGCUCAAGGACCCAAACACUGCGAGGUCGUCGUGGUGACAGCGAUGCAGUUAAGUGGUCUAAAAUUAGAACGAUUGCUUCGGUUUCAUUUACACUUACUGUUCCUCCUUAAUACACCAACCAGGGUCGUCUAAUAACACAACAUCUCAGCUCCAGUUUCACUGAAAGAAAAAGCUAUUUGGAUAAAUUAUUAGAAAGAAGGGAACACAAACUCAGGAAAAUAAACUGAAUUCUGCAUUUGACUCAGCGAAAAACAGAAGAUUUCAUAGAUCCUCCACUUACAUGCAAUCCUGCUCUUUCUUUUAGAAACACACGGACUCCAGCAGCACUUCUCUUGGUGUGGAUGUGCCGUCCAUGAGAAGUAGUGGGACUAAAUGUUCUUGUGGAAACCGUUCCAGUGGCUUUUUAUUGCGCAUGAAUCCCACAGAAAGAAUAAAUUCACUCAUUUUGGCUGCGCGGGUUGAAGAGGUUUAAGAGGCUCUGGCUCGAGGACUGGGCCUGAAAAUUAAGGAGACUGAAAGUGCUUUGCGAAAUGCAGCUGUUCAUGGCGCCAAACUGGCAGCAGUUUAGAACUUAAAUUAGUUUUGGCUCCAGCAGCUGAUUCCAAGAAUGGACUCGAGACUCGAGCAGAACCAGAGGCGGAGCCAAACCAUCCGCUUUAUGUCAGAAGGAUUCUUCACGCAGGAAAACACGCUGAUCUUUUUUUAUCUGAAAAUGUAAUUAUAAGACGCCUGAAAGUCUGAUUAUAAAGUCGCUGUCUAUAACCAAUCACGCGCGUUUUGUGUUUUACCUUUGAAGUAUUCGCAUCAGUUGCCAGCCACAUGGAUCAAAUUCACCCAGCAUUAGAUCAGGGUUUUCAGAAUAAUGGGGUCAGCUACAGCAGCAGCUGUCACCCGGUCUGUGUCUGAGCUGGGGGAGGGCGUCCGAGGGGGAGAGAGAGAGAGUGUAUCUGUACAAACCAUGUGUUCCUCUGCACGCCUGACAGUGAUAAAGCAGAAAGGCUCCGGCAGCAGAGCUGGAGGGCCUUUGAAGACAAAAGACUGAAGGAUUGGAGAAAAUAAAGAGGAAAAGACCAUUAGAUUUCUAUCCUUUAUGUUCUAAAACUGGAAGAGGUGCCAUCGAGGAGCAGAUCGACAUGGGUGCCCCGACUGAGAACUCCUCCAAUGGCUUCUCACCAGAGAUCACCUUGGGGAAGUUACGCAAGAUGGCUGCACAGGUGAUUCUGUUGGGGAAAUUCCUCCUCAGGCUCCUAGACGCCGCGCUGGUGUUCGUUACAAACUCGCUGGCGGGGAUUUUAGGAAGCAGCUCGAUGAGACGACAUUUCCACCUGAUGCUGUCCGCUCUGGUUCUGUUCGGUCCUCUGCUCAACUUCUGGGUGUCAAAGUACAGCAUCUUCUCCAACGGCAACCACUUCCUGUACAGGAAGUUCUUGAAGUCCACUUGGGGUUGGACCUGCGUCUUCUCGGGUUCCUUCAUCCUUCUCCUCUCCAUCUCAGCCCGCCACCCCCCGUCUCUCCUCCUGCGCCACCUCUCUCGGAUGGGGGUGGUCGGGUUGCUGUGGUGGUGCUGUCGGCGCCUCCUGACCUUGCUGGAGGACGCGUCGGGAACCUGCUACGAACCCGUGACCCCCAGCCAGGAUAUUCAAGGCCCCGCCUCCUCCGUCCAGCCCCUGCUGCUCCUGCACGAAGAGCAGACCAGAGCCUCGUGCCUCAGCGCCAACAUGGUGUGGAGAGGUCACGAAGUAUCCCAGGACGUCCUGGUGGUCAGCUUGUGUUGCCUGCUGCUUGUGGAGGAGAUGUCCGUCUUUGGUCUUCACCUCGCUCAAGCCAAGGCUCUGCAGAGGUCGCCCGGUGCGCCUCUGCGGUUCAUCUUCCUCCUGUGUGUGCUUCUGCUCGCCGUUUGGAUGUUACUGCUGGUGUGCCUGCUCGCGUACUUCCCCAAGUUCCCCUCCCAGCAUCUGGGAGGAGCUCUGGGAUACCUGGUGUGGAGAGGACUCUAUCAAGGGUGGUUCCGACUCAAAGCCAGCCCUGGUUUGCCGGCGGAGGGACGGUUUACUACGGAGGAGCCUCAGUAGUGUGAAACCUUCAGUAGUUCACGUUUCAGGGAGGGUGGUUGUGAUCUUAAAAGCUCAGACUCAAGUUGUGCAGUCAGGCCGGAGGGGAACUUGCAUCAUAUGGACGGAUAUGGUCUAAAAAACGAUUUUCGAUUGGACAGAAAAAAACAGAA